AAAGAAUGAGUGAAAGCAGCUCCCCGGACUAUAAAGCGCUUUUCCUCAAGGCAGAGGAGGAAAGAAGACAAGCAGAGGAGGGAAGGAGACAGGCAGAAGAAAGAGAGAGGCAAGAGAGAGAGCAUAACUGACAGACCACUUUUGGAGAGUUCAUCCGACAUUAUUAUAAUCUUCUUUGGCGGCCGCUACAAGCUGAAGCUCCUUCUCGCUCAACAACAGGCAAGAUCCCUUCUUCUACCAGAAAAUACUGCCCCAUACAGUUCCGUCCAUGGACAGAUUGCGCUGCUAUACAACAAGAAAUUUACGCAUACCUGCUGCUCGCGAAGAAUUUGGGCUUGGUGAUGGUGUGUGGUUUGAUAACCAUGCUAAUUCGCUAGAGGUCGAACGAUCUGGAUCGGACACCCCACUGUCUAGGCCUGACCAAUUCUGCAUCCACCGUGUUGACAGUCAAUCAAAAGCCUUACUGACCACUGUUGAGUACAAACCCCCCCAUAAACUUUCAGUGCAGACUAUACACGAAGGAUUUCGACCGAUGGAGUUUUGGCAGGAAAUUGUUAAACCAGAUAUUAUACUAAAAGAUGGGCCUGAAAAGCAAAGAUAUAAUACUGCACAUCUAGCAGGGUCUGUGGCUGUUCAACAAUUCCAUGGGAUGAUACAAUAUAGAGUCGGAUGCUCUUCUAUCACAAACGGCCUCCUAGAUGCCUGGCGGAAUGCCGCCGAAAAAAAGCUACUGAAAUGGCACACAAGUUUCAAUAGCGAGCGUUCCCAGAUCCCAGCGGCUGAAUUACCACCGGUCACGAACGUGGGCUAUGCUAGUUCAGAAUACACUAGGAACCAGGGCGGGCAAUCUCGUCCAUAUUUUGCUCAGUAUUGCGGCCUGCUUGAUCCUAACUGCCUAAACACAGAGCUACAUAUACUCGGCGGAAGAAGUGACGACUGCUAUCUAAUUAGCGCAGAAGAUUUAGCGAAGAAGCUCAAGGCGCAGCUUAAUCGGGAUCUAGAUUAUAACUGUACUCUAACAGGUCCUUGUGGGUCUUAUGGUGCGCCAUUUAAAAUCAUAUGUGCUAUAUAUGGGUACAUUAUUGUCGGCAAAGGGACGACGUCACGACUUUGGAAUAAGGUGUUGCGUGAAGUGGACAUUUAUCGUGUCCUUCAGCGAGCCCAAGGAUCGGCUGUUCCAGUUUUUCUAGGAGCUAUUGAUCUAGCCCAGAUCUACUUUCUCCAUGGCGCGGGAGAAAUCUGUCAUAUACUUCUUAUGGGCUGGGGGGGUGAGAGCGUGGACCAGACAAACCUCGACAAGACCGCUCAGCAUAUAAUUUCUCAGUCGGUUAAGGAGAUUCGCUCUUUAGGCAUCCUCCACCGGGAUCUCUGA